GAGCGUUCGAUCGAAGGGCGUCGACUUCUUGCAGCAUAUGAUAUGCAGCAGCACGUGGAAAGGAUCGUAUUAUCAUCGCUAUGUAGAGAAGCCGUGCUUUCCCCUUCUCCUAACCACCUCCUUGGCUUGAGACAAAGAGAGCAACUAAUAGAUUCAAGGCUACCAAGGCAAAGAUGUCCACGGUGAUCCUCGGCGGAGGUAUCAUCGGCCUCUCGACGGCGUAUUACCUCUCGCUGGCGCGGGCCUCGUCGUCGCCUGCCAAAACAAUUCAUAUCAUCGACUCCUCGCCCGCACUGCUCGCCUCGGCCAGCGGCUUUGCGGGCGGAUUCCUCGCCGCCGACUGGUUCAGCCCGCCCGUGGCGUCGCUGGGCGCGCUCUCGUUCCGCCUGCACCGCGAGCUGGCCGAGAAGCACAACGGUCCGCGCAGGUGGGGGUACGCCGGCAGCCACACGUACAACCUGAGCGUCGACGAGCGCGUGGCUGCGAAGAAGUCGACAGCCACGGACAGGAAGGGCGAUUGGUUGCGCGAAGGGACCAGUCGGGCUGAGGCGGCGGGAUCGUCGAAUCCUGAUGCCGGCGGAAGGGACAGUACCGGUGGCGGUGGCGCUGGGGGCGAGAUGCUCAACCCGGACGGAUCGCCUGCCGUGUGGACUCCUCAGCCCGGUGGGACACUCGAGACGAUCUCAGGGCCAGAGAGUUGUGCGCAGAUCGAGCCCCGUGAGCUGUGCGAGUUCCUGCUCGACGAGUGCAAGAAGAGAGGCGUCCAGGUCCAUCUCUCGACCAAGGCGACGGGUAUCCUUACCGACGAUGACGGAUCCCUGAAGGGGAUCAAAUUGCAGUCCACAAGCAAUGCCGACGACGUCGAUACCAGGGAGCUCGAGUGCAAAGACAUCCUCAUCUCCGCAGGCGCAUGGACCCCGAGGGUCUUCAAGACUCUGUUCCCCGAAAGCAAGCUGCAGAUCCCCAUCGAGCCGCUAGCCGGGCACAGCAUCGUGGUCAAGUCGCCGCGGUACAAUACGCCCUUUGUGGAUGCCGCGAAGCGAAACAUCGGCGGCGGCAGCGACAACUGGCUCUGCUACUCGAUAUACUGUGCCCCCGGGCGCCACUGGUCGUAUGCCAUGGAAGCAUUCGCGCGGCUCGCCCGCAACGGCGAGGCGGAGAUCUGGCUUGGCGGCCUCAACGACAGUUCCCUCCCGCUGCCCGAGCUGGCGAGCGACGUCAAAGCCAUGAUCGACCCGGAGAGCAUCAAGUCGCUCCGCAAGACGACCGUGCAGUUGACGGGUCUCGCGAAGGAAGGCGAUGAAGUCAACCAAGACGAUCUCGAGACCGUCAGGGAGGGACUCUGUUUCCGGCCCGUCAGUCAGAGAGGGACCCCGGUGAUCGGAAAGAUACCUGAACACUUCCUCGGUCUGCGACCCGGGGAGGGCGGCGUGUGGAUAGCAUCUGGGCACGGUCCGUGGGGAAUCAGUCUGAGUCUGGGGACGGGGUUUGUCAUGGGCGAAAUGAUUUCAGGGGAGAAGCCGAGCGCAGAUAUCAGAGGACUUCUCAUCGCCUAA